AUGUACAAUCUCAGGUCUCGGAACCGCGGGCGCGCCGCUGCCCAAGGCACAGCCCAGGACGCCGGCUCCCCUCCUUCCCCGGCUCCGGACGACGGCGAGGUUUCCACCAGCGACGAGACUUCCACCAACGACGAGGCAGAUGACAACACAGCAUGCCCUCCCCAAACAGACGAGUCCUCGACAUCUAUCGUUUUUGGCGACGACUUGCCCACGACUGUCUAUCGCUGGAACACAAAGCUUGCUCGAGGAUCUUCCUGUCCUACCGAGCUCCGAUUCCAGCCCCGUAUGCUCUGCGAUGACUCGGGCGACUCGGAGGCCGACUCGGAAGCCGGCUCGACUGCCGCCGAGAUAUCCGUCUGGCGCGAGGGCGAGCUUGUUGUCCACCUAGGCGACCUCCACGCGGUCCCGCACCUCACCAAAACCAGCACCGGGAACUAUCUGGUCGAUGGGCUGCGCUUCCUUUUCUGCUCUGUGCCUUGGGAGGCGUGGCUACUCUCUCUGCUCCUGCUCCUCCUUUGGAGGUGCUGGGCUUACACCAUCAAACCUGAGCUCGAAGACGCCAACUGCAUCCUCCCUGCCGCCGAGUAUCUGCACAAUUCAUCAAUCGCGCUCAUCCACAUCCUUGUGCCGUUGCUCAAUCCUUUCACCAUCCCCGACAUGAACAUUGCGCUGGAAAACAGGGCUUUGGCGCAAAAGUUGCUGCACCACACGGAGCACCCUUUAACCGAGCUCAAUUAUGAUCUGCGCCGCGAAACCUGGGACGAGAAUAGCCAGAGGCCAGACUUGGAGGCACUCGUACGUCAAUGCUGUGAUGCCAUCACCAAUCUUGAAAGGGACUUGGUCUUCCCAGACGAGGAAGAGAAUAGUCACAUGUGGUCUCCUCGGUGGUGGCUGGAACAACUCAGGCCCAGAAUCGAGCAGAACCAGCAAAAGAUGCGGGACUUACAGGACCAUCUGGACGGCGGCCACAUACCCGAAGGUCUGGAUGAACAUGUAUACAGGCACUUCCGAAACGGCCCCUGCCGCCCGGCACCGGAUCAGGAUCUCGACGAAAUUGGACAUCAUUUGGCCGAUACUAUUAGCGAUGUAGCGCGAACUUGCGACGCGCUUUUGAAAAAGCUCGCCUCUGUUCGAGAAAAUCUGGGAAUCCUAGCCUAUGGCCUACCUUACAUCGUCGAUGGGUAUACCGACUGGUGGCAGAAGAAGUACGGAUCCCCGAAAAGCACCAAUCUUGUAAACAAGCUCCUCGGCAUGGAUUCCACCAGCACGAAUUUCUUUACGAUCGUAGGCGACAUUUACCUGCCCUACUUCGAGCACGUAUUGAAGCAUGUCGCAGCCGCCCAUGAGCAAGCAGAAGCCCCCUGCACCAGGCUUUCCGAACUGCGUGCCGCCCUCGACCGCGCUGGUUUUUCGGCGACCGACUCUACACGUUCAAGGGCCCGAGGAUUCUUCGACGGGACCGUUCCGGCGCUCCCGUUCUGGCACAAGUAUGUGGAGCUGGACUCGUCGCCUCCGUCUCUCAAAUGCCGGCUGCUCGACAAGCCUUAUUCGACCAUUCAAGCCCUGGGUGAGGUGCUCACUGUGUUUGAUUCACGGGUUACCAGCGAGGUGAUCCUAGACAAAUACGAGAUGCAAAACCAAAUGAUGGUAGAAAAGUGGCAAAAAGAGAGGAAGAAAAACGCAAAAGAAGAAAGGAGGAAGGAGCGAGCCAAACUGCGGUCAGAGGCGAAGGAUUCUGGUUUUGGAAUGCAGAAGCUCUAUGAGGAUUACUAUGGCUGGCUCAGGGAGUGA